CCCUGAACCAAGAAUUCCCAAAAACUAUUGUAAUGAUUGUGAUUAUGAAAAAGAACCUAACCAUGAUUGUAAGAAUCACCCAUUCAAUCCAAACCAGAAGAAAAAAUUUACUGAAGAUAAAAGGUUACCUGCAGCUAA